AACCCUAAAAUUAAUGGCUCCCAGUCUUAAACCUUUCAAUUUCAAGCCUAAAUUCUUCAUUUUCUUUCUCCUUGUUCUCUCUCUAGCCCUCCUCUUCCUCACUCUAAGUCUCCGGCCACUCUACUUGCUAGAGACCUCACUCCGAAACCCAAAAUGGCUCGGUAUUGCAUCGAAAGAACUCAACGGUAGGAGAGUCAAAAUAGGGUUGGUUAAUGUUGGUGACCAAGAUUUUGGAGAACUGUAUGGGUUAAGAGACCAAGUUCACGUGCCAUUUGAUCGCGUCGCCGGCGAUGUCAAGUGGGGUGACUUGUUCCCGGAGUGGAUAGAUGAAGACCAGAAAUGGGCUGCACCGCGGUGCCCGGACAUCCCGAUGCCGAGGCUCGAGUUGUACGAGGACCUGGAUGUUGUGGUAGCCAGGGUUCCAUGUGGGCAUGGGGUGGUGGAGGGGAGGAAGGGGGUGAGGGAUGUGUUCAGGGUGCAGGUGAAUUUGGUGGUGGCUAAUCUAGCAGUAAAGAGUGGGCUGACGAGGGGUGACAUUGAUCAGACAGUAAUCGUCGUGUUUGUUGGGUCCUGUGGGCCCAUGCGGGAGAUUUUCCGAUGCGAUGAUCUGGUGGAGCAUGGAGAGGAUUACUGGGUUUACAGGCCUGAUUUGAGGAAGCUGAAGCACAAGCUGGUCAUGCCUGUGGGGAGUUGCCAACUUGCUCCUCCUUAUGCAGAAUUCGGCAAAGAGAGGUGGAGACGCUAUAUAUCACAAUCCACACCAUCAUCUCUCAACUACGCAAUCAACAAACCAAGAGAAGCCUAUGCAACCAUCCUCCAUUCUUCUGAGGCUUAUGUUUGUGGUGCCAUAGCUUUGGCCCAGAGCAUCACCCAAACCGGAUCCACCAAAGACCUGGUCCUGCUCGCCGACAAUUCCAUAACUUCCCGAUCCCUCCAAGGCCUUAGGGCUGCAGGGUGGAAGAUCAAGCACAUUGAAAGAAUCCGAAGCCCUAAUGCAAAAAAGAAUGCCUACAAUGAGUGGAACUACAGCAAGCUGAGGCUAUGGCAGCUCACUGAGUAUGAUAAAAUCAUCUUCAUAGACGCCGACUUUAUCGUCCUAAACAAUAUGGAUUCCUUGUUUGUUUAUCCACAAUUAUCAGCAGUAGGGAAUAACCGAGUGUUGUUCAACUCUGGGAUCAUGGUGGUGGAGCCCUCCGAGUGUAUGUUCCAAACCCUAAUGGAGAAAAGCCAGACAAUGGUGUCAUAUAACGGGGGCGAUCAGGGCUUUCUCAAUGAAGUCUUCACAUGGUGGCACCGGUGGCCGAGGAGGCUGAACUUCCUCAAGAUCUUCAAAGAGAAAAACGAACAUGAGAUCCCGGCGAAUGUGUAUGCGAUUCAUUACUUAGGGGUGAAGCCAUGGAUGUGCUAUAGAGACUAUGACUGCAACUGGGACAAGCUGGAUCAUCAUCCUUUUGCUAGCGACUCGGCUCAUAGGAGGUGGUGGGAGGUGUACGACGCCAUGCCGGAGGGGUUGUGGGGGUACUGCGGGCUGACAAAGAAGAAGGAUGAGAGGAUAAGGAAGUGGAGGAAGAUAGCUCAGAAGAAGAAUUUGUCUGAUGGGCAUUGGAAGAUGGAAGUCAGAGACCCCAGACAGAAGAUGCUUGUUGAUUUGUAGGAGGAAGAAGAUGAUCAGGUUUUGGGGAUUCCAUGUGGUGAAUUGUGGUAUAUGUUGAGGAAGGAAGGGGAGAUGUAUUUAUAACCAAAAACUUGGAUUGAAUUAUUAUUCAAAAGUGUAUGUAAACUACAAAGCUUUGCUUCAUGAUAUGUACAUUUGGCAUACAAUGGCAGAGUUAGAAAUGUGCUUGAAGAGACAUAAAUAAAAGAAUUAUU